AGUCUUAGUCAGACAUUUAGCUUGCUAACAAGUCGCCAAUAUUUGGUGUUUAGGUGAGAGUGAUUUUAGUUUACUCAUGUUCCGUGGAAAUGACUUUAUUUGUGCGGUACGGAAUUUGUGGUGCGGGAAAAAUAAUGCUAUUUUUUAAUUCAUUUAAUAACUUAUCGUUCAUUUUGAGCAUAGCAGUUGUAUUGUCAAGUAUAUCUAGUACAAUGACAGCUCCUGCGACCGAACCGCAAUGGUGGACGAAUCCUUGCAGUAUACAAACAGUCCUUUUGAGGCACGGAAGAAGCCCGGCCGAAAAUCAACUCAGAAUAUUUAUUAAAAUGCUGGAGACUGGAGUGAAUAAAAAGUUGAAAGCAAUUUACCCACAUAAUGCUGAUAGCAAUCAAACUAAAAAUUGUCCGAAAGUGAAUCCCGUAUUACGUUUGAUGACAAAAUCGAGUAACUUCAGUCAGACGAGUCACAUAUUUUAUGAAAGUAUGGUGGAGUUGGCGAAGCUGGUGCAUAAAAUCUCAGCAAUUCGAGUAGAAACCGAUGUAAAAUAUAAUACGGCAUUGAGGAAAUCGAUGUACGAAGAAGUAGAGGCUAAUUUGAAAAGCGUCAUGUGCGAAUUUAAUGACACUUUAACCAAGUUCGAACCCAUUAAACCGAAAUCGAUGCGGGCGAUCAAACAGAUCCGUAGAAGUAUGUCUCACGGAUGCAGUUACAAAUUAAACAGUCUGACUGAACUUCAGGACGUCGACGUAGAUUUUUUCAAAAAAAUGAAAAAAUUCUUCAAACAAAGUAGGAGGAUUUUAAGACAGAAGAAAAGGAAAGUUUUCGGUGGAAAAGAAAAUAAAAAACAAACGAAAAAUAAAAAUCGCGGGAAGAAGAAUUUGUUAAAACAUAAAAGGACUAAACAACAAAGUGCCUCUUAGAUAAUACCCAUAGCGGAAUGUCCUAUGAAAUCUCAGUGCGUAUAUUUCUGUGAUAUUACUGUAGUAAUUUAUUUAUUUAUUAUUAGAUAAUAUUCGGCUGCGUACGUAUCAAGACUUUUUCUAUUUUAGUGAAUUUUCGACAAACCUUUUUCGUUUUUUGAAAAUAAUUUUUUACCUACAGCAUUUAUCACGAAUCAAAAUAAAUAUUUUUCCCAAUUUUGGUUCGAGAUAUAAGCGAAAGAGGUCGGUAUAAAUAUAUGUAUUAUUUUAAUAAAAUCUAUGGCUUUUUAACCAUUGAUAUUGUAUUAUAUAUUGUGAUAUAUUGAACAAGUAUUAUUAUUCCAUAAGAGACUGAAUUUUAAAUGUGUUUUCAAUGACGAUUUACUGAGGAAAAAUCAGUCUCGCAAGUUGUGAUUUGCUGUACAGAAUACAUUAAAAAUCUGUCAAAAACACGUGGUGAAUAGCUACCUCUUUAAAGGACUGUCCUAAUAUGACAUUGCUUUUUUGUAUUCUCUAUUUUUGAUAAAAAUUUUCGAAAUUUUGAUCCGUAUCAUUCCAUUUUAUUUAUUAUUUUAUUUAUUUCUCAUAUUCGUUUCAUUACUAUUUAUUUUGUAUCGUAUAGAAAUUUUUUACUUGUAGAAUUUUUAUUAGACGAUUGAAUGUUCACUUUAAUUUAUUAAUAAUUUAUUUACGUCUUGCCCCAUGUGAUAUGAUUUGUAAAUAAAUUAAUUUUUAGUAUA